GGCAAUGUUAUUGUACUUAACAUACGCCCUGUAUUGAUAUUGAGAUAGAUUACAUAUAUGGAUUUUUAUUAGUAGUGAAAUUGGAGUAUACGCGAAAGACGAUAACUCAAUUAACAAACAAUAUGCUAAUCAUUCUUGUUACGAUUAUUAUGAAAAACAUCUGUACGAGAAGUUCAUGACAGAUGUAACAGAGUUGGCUGAUGGAUGCCUGUAUUCAUAACAUUGAAUCGUAGAUGUGUCGCGAUAGCACCACCCUAUUUAGAUCAUGUCUAUCAAAUUAUCUAAUCGGAGUAUCACGAGUCGCUUGUAUACUCGUGUUAUUCAUAUCACAUUAAUGUCGUUAACUAACUUUUGAACAUUCAAUAAAUCUCGUCUUUGGCGGUAUCAGAAACAAAAAUAAAGAAAAGAACUAUUCUAAUUGUAUUCUUAUAGCAUUCAUUCACUCUGUUAUUUAUUAUAUAUAUUUUCUGAUAUGAUUCGUUGUUGUUCGAUGACAAAAAUGAAAAUAAUGCACCAUCACACUCGUAGCACAAUGUGAGCAUGCCGCAGUACAUGGAGAUGAACCCACCAACGCCACCCGGCCAAGGAGAAGAGGAUUGUCUGUAUCCAAUAAGUCCACAAUUGAUACCACACGCGAGACCAUACGUACAGCCACAUCCACUGACUCCCGAACAAUUGUAUGCCAUAUUUCGUCCACCGCCACCCGAUCCAUUGCCAUUACUUAAUGAAUUACUGGUCAAUCAAUUGAAUUUCAAUCAUUACAAUAAUACACUACCAGCGAUUUCUCGUAUGCGACAACGGCAUAAGGUUUUUCCAGCAGUAGCUACUUUAUCAAGGAACAUGACGACCGAGGAUGCAUUGCAUUACCUGCAUAAUCAACAAUUGCCACCGCAACUUUAUCAGAUUAGACACUCGAGAUGACAAUCGGCCAUGGGGCUGCUGCUGUGCUGCCUCGACUCUCUACUGUCAUACGCGCACAAGCAUAUCACCACCACGCUAUCACUUCUAUCACUUCUUCUUCUUCUUCUACUUCUACUUCUACUUCUACUCUCCUCCUCUUCUUCUUCUUCUUGUUCUUCUUGUUCUUCUUCUUCUGCUACUCUUGCAUCGUUAGAGUAAACACGCGGUGACGUACCAGGUGCGGCUUUUAUGGCUUUAUCUCUCUUUUCUAUAUACUGCUUUUUACACUUCCAUCAUCACGCACACAUACCCUUUUUCCUUAGAGGAAUAACGACUAUGACUUUUGCCUCGGGCAUCACCUUGUUGGCUUCUUUUGGAUUAGAUACAAUAUUAUUAUAGGUAAAAUAGUAUGUUCCAGAGCUCGAUUUUUGUCGUGAUUUUUUGUGCGUUGUAUGCUCCGACUAAUCAACUAAUGUGUAGAUGCUAAUACGUGUCCUUUGUGUAUAACAUGCCUAUUGAUUGAUAUUUUCAGUGAAUCGUGCAGAUAUUCUAUAACUAUGUAAAACUAUGUUUUUCUCAACAAUGUUGAAUAUAUUGCUUCCACUGAGUUAAUGGAUUUUUCAAAUGUAUAUUGUCGAGAAAAACACAAUUGGACUAAGCAUAUAUUGGUAAGGUUGACUGAUUUAAAAGUUUUUCUGAUUUGAUUUUUGAAGUUUUUUCUAGAUCUCUCACCAGCACUAA